CCCAUAUCUAUCAAAAGCGCGUGAAUGUAAAAAAAAGCUGAAGCCGAAUUUUUAAAUCUUACUUGAUUAAACAAAAUCUUUAAAAUGUCGAAGUCUAAUUGCCGAAAGUUCAGUCCUCCACCAUAUUCGGGUGAAAUACAAUGGACCGAUGCCAAAAUCAAGAAAAUUCUGGACUUCGUAAAGCGGAAUGAGGAAUAUGAGAUGCCCUGUGCUAAAUUAUAUUAUGAAGCCAUGAUGCAGGAGACUGGAAUCAAAGGCUAUUGGCAGAAUAUGAGAUGUCAAAUGCGAUUCCAGAAAAUGACGCUAUCGACAGCAAAUAAGUGGAUGUCAACUUUUAAGCCAAAUGACAAGAAAGCCCCUUACUGCUUGUGUCCAUACUAUGAUCAGUUGGUGGAAAUAUUUGGUUCUGAUUUCGAACUUGUAGAAAUUCGGGGUGACUUAAAAUACAGUACUUGUUACUCACCCGGUGAAAAUGAAGACACCAGUGUGUCUGUUAUUGUUGAAAAGGGGAAGAAAAUUAAACGCAAUUCGACGGAGAAUGGAGAUGGUGCCUCUGACCGGAAAAUCCCAAGGAAGGAAACCCACUUGGAGUUAGCUAAAUUGCAAUUUAAGGACGAAAAAUUUGAAUGGACCAAAGAGAAGGAGUACAUAGCGCUACAAAUGAAGGAAAAAAAAAUUGAUAAUGAAUUGUUUUUGAAAAAACUAGAACUGGAGCACAAGAGAGAAAUUGCCAUGUACGAGAUUAAGAUGAAAUACAGUCCAGAGAUAUAA